UCCGCACCAUGGACCUUGCUCGACCCCUGGGACUGUUGCUUCUGGAGCUGCUGCUGAUGGAGGUUGCGCCCGGCUUGAAUGCUGGGGCACCCACAGGCAAUAAUGCCAAAAUCUGCCUUUUGCCCCCGGACGAAGGAAUCUGCCGGGCCCUACUUCUCAGGUACUACUAUGACAGGCACACGCAGACCUGCAAGACUUUUUCUUACGGGGGCUGCUACGGCAACGCCAACAAUUUCUACACUUUGGAGGAGUGCGAAGACGCCUGCUGGAGAAUAGAGAAAGUUCCUUUAAUUUGCCGUUUAGAAGUCAGUAAGGGUCAAUGUGGACAGCCCAGAGAACAGUAUUUCUUCAACUUAAGUUCCAUGGCAUGUGAAAAAUAUAUGUCUGGGUCAUGUGAACACAAUCAGAACCGAUUUCCUGAUGAAGCCACUUGUAGGAACUAUUGUCUGCCAAAGAAGAAAGCUCCAUCCUUCUGUUACAGCCCAAAAGACGAGGGACUGUGCUCUGCUAAUGUGACUCGCUAUUAUUUUAAUGCAAGAUACGAAGUCUGUGAGGCCUUUACCUAUUCUGGCUGUGGGGGAAAUGAAAAUAACUUUUAUUACAUGGAAGAUUGUGAACGUGUUUGUGCACAAGCCUUGGAGAAGGAUGAAAAGAAGAUGCCAAGGCGUUUCUCUGCCAGGAAACGGCUGAACCUCCUGAAGAUACGCUCUAGAAAGAAUUCUAGCAAAUUGGUUACAGUUUUAGCGGAAGACUACUAG